CAACACUACUUCCGCACAUGCGCAGAACAUAUAAUUGUCCGUGCGAAAUGGGCCUCGUGACGUGCCGUAGUUUAGGCGCGAAUUGUAAACAGAGCAAAAAUUAAAAAUGGAGGACGACGAAGCGACAACAGUUCGUCAAAACGAAAACGCGGACACAAGUUGUCCAGAAAACCUCACAGUUGAAGCAGGAGAUGCUUGCAAGGCAUUGGUAAAUGACGAAACUCGCUGGAGUAGGCUAGAGUUGUUCGAUAAAGUGAUGCAUAAAAGCCUGGAGAAGUUCAUCGACUUGGCGAGUUUUAACAGGUUUGCCAGCAUGUUCCAUCAGCUGUACAAGAUGAGCCCUCGGAGGAUGGAAUGCAUCCAUAAGCAGUUUUUAGAAGAGUUGCGCAGUGCUGUAAAGGAGGAUAUCAGCACACUGAUUAAAGAAGGGAGACUUGAGGCCAAACUAAAUGAGCUGGACCAACUGGAGAGUGCUGCCAAAAACAACCCAGACCCUGCAUGGCGUCCUUCUGGCGUUCCAGAGCAAGACUUUAGCAGCUUUAUAAAGCCAUUUUAUCGAAAGCAGAAGGCUUACUUACGGCUGGAAGUGAAGAAUAUCAAAGCGGAGAAUGCGGCCCUCGCACAAAAGGUUCAGGCUGGCAGGGAGAGGAUUGCUCAGACUGAACAUCUCAUUUCAGCUGCCGUUGCCGACUGGAAGGCAUCAGCAACUGAAUUUGAAAACCUUGCAUCUUCUCUAUGCCCUGCAAAUGUUUUUGAUGUGUGAUUCUUCCAAAUGUAUUUGGCCGAAAUGACUAAUGUACCUGUAUAUACUGACUUUGUUCAUUGUUCUUUGUGGAACGAAAUACAAUUAAUUAAUUAAA